GAGGAGGACGGCAAAGCAGCCCGACGGGCCCGCGACCGCGAUGCCAGACGAGCUGACGGAGCCUGGGCGCGCCACGCCAGCCCGCGCCUCUUCCUUCCUCAUCGAGAACCUUCUGGCGGCGGAGGCCAAGGGCGCAGGGCGCGCGGCCCAGGGCGACGGCGGCCGCGAGGACGAGGAGGAGGAUGACGACGACCCAGAGGAUGAGGAUGGCGAGCAGGCGCGACGGAGACGGCUGCAGCGGCGGAGACAGCUGCGCGCGGGCACUGGGCCCAGCGGGGAGGAGCGGGCCCGGACGCGGCUCGUACCGGGCGCGCUGUGCCUGGGUCCCCGGCCGCCCCCUGGUCCUGGCCCGCCCUACGCUCUGAGCUGUGGAGGUGCUACGCGCUGGUAUCCACGGGCGCACGGCAGCUACGGAGGCGGCCUCAGUCCUGACACUAGCGACCGGGACUCACCGGAGACUGGCGAGGAGAUGGGCCGUGCUGAGGGUGCCUGGCCCCGGGGCCCCGGGCCGGGAACAGUGCAGCGGGACGCAGCCGAGCUGGCAGCACGGGGCCCCGUGGCCAGCGCGGAGGAGGCAGCAGAGCUGGCCGAGGCCCCUGCGGCGGCUGGGGAAGUGCGCGGUGGCGUUGGCGUUGGUGGUGGUCGAAAGAAGAAGACACGCACUGUCUUCUCCCGCAGCCAGGUCUUCCAGCUCGAGUCUACCUUCGAUCUGAAGCGCUACCUGAGCAGCGCCGAGCGCGCUGGCCUCGCCGCCUCCCUGCAGCUCACCGAGACGCAGGUCAAGAUAUGGUUCCAGAACCGCCGCAACAAGUGGAAGCGGCAACUGGCUGCUGAGCUGGAGGCCGCCAGCCUGUCCCCGCCGGGAGCACAGCGCCUCGUCCGCGUGCCGGUGCUCUACCACGAAAGUCCCCAGGCUGCGGCCGCCACCGGGCCCCCGGCCACUUUGCCUUUCCCGCUGGCGCCCGCCGCGCCCGCGCCUCCCCCACCGCUGCUGGGCUUCUCUGGGGCCCUUGCCUACCCUCUGGCGGCCUUCCCAGCCGCUGCCUCGGUGCCCUUUCUGCGGGCGCAGAUGCCGGGUCUGGUGUGA